AUGCAAUAUCCUUUUUCCUUUUUGCUGCAUACUGUUCUGCCCCCAGUUCCUUCUGUGAAUGUAAUUUUGGGAACCACAUCAUCAAAUCCUGCCUGUUGGAAUGGUUUUAUCGAGACUGAAGUCCCUGCAAAUAUUCGGCAAGGAACAUUAAUCUCUUUUGUUCCAGAGUUUGUAAAUCAUGUACUCCAUGAUAAGAGCCUUUACCAGAAAGGGUACGAUGCUUCAGGAGAAAAUGAUGAAGAGAAGUCGGAUGAGCUAGAAUUUUCGGAUGAUGAAAAGGAGGUCGAGUAUAGAAGGAUGCUUAAAAUGAAGAAAAGGGGCACAAAUGACCCAAAGCUUGGAACGAAGAAAAAGGAUAAAAAGCAAUUCAAAAAUCGAUCUGGCAACUGGAACUGCAAUCAAAAGUUUACCUAG